GCGACAGACAAGGUUGCAGGGAAGCUGAGCUCUACUCUCUCAUGGGUGAAGAACACUGUGUCGCACACCGUCAGUCAAAUGGCCAGUCAGGUGGCAAGUCCAUCUGCCUCCUUACACACUACAUCCUCCUCUACCACUCUGUCUACACCAGCCUUGUCACCAUCCUCACCCACACAGCUGAGCCCAGACGACUUGGAGUUACUCGCUAAACUCGAGGAACAGAACAGACUCUUGGAAACGGAUAGCAAAUCGUUACGAUCAGUAAAUGGGUCAAGAAGAAAUAGUGGAUCUUCUCUUGUAUCUAGUUCAUCAGCUUCCAGCAAUCUCAGCCAUCUUGAAGAAGACUCAUGGAUCCUGUGGGGGAGGAUUGUGAAUGAAUGGGAAGAUGUACGGAAAAAGAAAGAAAAGCAAGUUAAGGAGCUGGUUCGAAAGGGGAUACCUCAUCACUUCAGAGCAAUUGUUUGGCAACUUUUGUGCAGUGCUCAGAGCAUGCCAAUUAAGGAUCAGUAUUCAGAGCUUUUGAAAAUGACAUCUCCUUGUGAAAAAUUGAUAAGAAGGGACAUUGCCAGAACAUACCCUGAACAUGAUUUUUUUAAAGAAAAAGAUAGCCUUGGGCAGGAGGUCUUGUUCAAUGUAAUGAAGGCAUAUUCUUUGGUGGAUCGUGAGGUCGGAUACUGCCAAGGAAGUGCUUUUAUAGUUGGAUUGCUGCUUAUGCAGAUGCCAGAAGAAGAGGCAUUCUGUGUGUUUGUUAAAUUAAUGCAAGAUUACAGACUACGAGAACUCUUUAAACCAAGCAUGGCUGAGCUGGGCCUGUGUAUGUACCAGUUUGAAUGCAUGAUACAGGAACAUCUUCCAGAGCUUUAUGUGCACUUUCAGUCUCAGAGUUUUCACACUUCUAUGUAUGCAUCAUCAUGGUUUUUAACUAUAUUCCUUACAACCUUUCCACUACCAAUUGCAACAAGAAUAUUUGAUAUCUUUAUGUCUGAGGGUUUAGAGAUAGUAUUUCGAGUAGGUUUAGCACUGCUUCAGAUGAACCAAGCAGAAUUAUUGCAGCUUGAUAUGGAAGGAAUGUUACAGCACUUUCAAAAGGUCAUUCCACAUCAGUUUGACAGUGGUCCAGACAAAUUAAUCCAAGCAUCUUACCAAGUCAAAUACAAUGCAAAAAAGAUGAAAAAGUUAGAAAAGGAAUACACUACAAUAAAGACAAAAGAAAUGGAAGAACAAGUUGAAAUUAAAAGGUUACGAACUGAAAACAGACUCCUAAAACAGCGCAUUGAAACCCUAGAAAAAGAAAGUGCUUCCUUGGCAGAUAGAUUGAUACAGGGACAAGUGACAAGGGCCCAGGAGGCUGAGGAAAACUACCUCAUAAAACGGGAGCUGGCCACCAUCAAACAGCAGAGUGAUGAGGCCAAUACUAAACUGGAGCAAGCUGAGAAUACCAUCAGGGAGCUCCAACAGCAGCAGCAAUGGCAUAAAUGCAGUUCACGAUACAGUGAAGACUUUGUGCUACAGCUGGAAAAAGAGCUGGUCCAAGCCAGGCUGAGUGAAGCAGAAUCCCAUUGUGCCCUGAAGGAGAUGCAAGAUAAAGUUCUAGAGAUGGAAAAGAGGAACAGCUCCCUCCCUGAUGAGGAAAAUGUUGCCAGACUACAAGAAGAGCUGAUUGCAGUAAAAUUAAGAGAAGCAGAAGCUUUGACAGGUCUCAAAGAACUAAGGCAGCAAGUCAAAGACUUGGAGGAACAUUGGCAGCGUCAUCUAGCUCGGACCACUGGAAGAUGGAAAGAUCCUCCCAGAAAAAAUGCAGUGAAUGAGCUACAGGAUGAGCUGAUGACAGUCCGGUUGAGAGAAGCAGAAACUCAGGCUGAACUGAAGGAGACCAAACAAAGAAUGAUGGAGAUGGAAACACAGAAUCAGAUCAAUAGUAACCAUUUACGAAGGGCAGAGCAAGAGGUUACCAACCUACAGGAGAAGGUGCAGUAUCUUUCUGCACAGAACAAAGGACUUCUGGCUCAGUUGAAUGAAGCAAAACGCAGACAAGCAGAGAUUGAGUGCAAGAGUAAAGAAGAGGUGAUGGCAGUACGGCUCCGGGAGGCAGAUCGCAUCGCAGCUGUGGCAGAACUCCAGCAGCACAUUGCAGAAUUAGAAAUCCAGAAAGAAGAAGGAAAAAUUCAAGGGCAGCUUAAUAAAUCUGAUUCUAACCAGUACAUCAGAGAACUGAAAGAUCAGAUAGCUGAGCUGCAUCACGAGAUCAAGUGUCUAAAAGGCCAGAGAGACUUCUCAGACCAACCCACUUUUGAUGGGAUUCACAUCGUCAACCAUUUCACAGGAGAUGAUGAAUCAUUUCAUUCUUCUGAUGAAGAUUUUAUAACUAACUCCAUACAGGAGAGUGGGGUGAGCUUUCAUCUACCCAGGAGGACUGGUCAGAUGGCUUUGGAUCGCACACUUGUAGACAGCAGUGACAGUGAUACUGAGGAAAGUGCCCUUCAGACUGGGAAUUCAGAUAAGAUGGUUUCUAAGCAGAGAAGAAUGGAAUCUUAUUCUACUACUGUGUGAUUACCACUGUGACUAGCACUGAAGACUUUCAUGUUUCUUUAAGGUUGAAAUUGUCAGGUAACUGAAACCAUCCAGCAGUUGGUUUAGGUCACGAUUGGAUCUGGUCUGGCCUGUGAUAAAUGUAUAGAUGUACUGUCUAUCUGCCUUCUCUCUUUGCCAAAUCUUGCUAGUGACAUACCAUUGCCAUAAAACAGGCUGGGAAGGAGUUGAUGGAUGACAGUUCUGACAGUAUUACUGAAUGUUCCUUGGUUUAGAAACUGCAAAUAUAUUAUUUCUUUAAUGCAGAAGAACCAUUUUUGCUGUUCACAAACAUGGGAAUUAUUUUCCUCAAAAGAAAUUGCUUUUGUGCAAUAUUUUAUGCUCUGAACAAAUGUGUAUGUUUUACAUUGUUAUCCAUUUGUGAUCGAGAUGG